UUGAAAACAAGGAGGGACCACUUCACCGCGCGCAAUGAUUCCAAAAUCAUCUGUUCCUCCUCAUCUCCUUAAAUUCUUCAGGGAAGGCUGCUAAAGACAAAACUUUUUCUCGACAUCCCACAAUGUUCUUUUAGUACUAAAAUGGAAGUCGCUUUUACUUCCAAGUAGGAGGGCCUGAUCAUUGCUCCCCUUAAGUCUUUCAAAGAUAGAACUAUUUUUUUCCUCUUUUAUUCCGCGUCGGCUGCGGCUACGACGGCGGCUGCGUCGUCGGGGACGUCAUGACGCUGUGAGGUCGCUACGCUGCAUGGCUGCAGGAAAGAAUCGGAGUUAGGAAGAAGGGGAGGGCUGGACCCUGAAGUGAAUCUCUCAGUUAGGCCCUGGUGCGGCCUACGCCAGUCCUUUGCCUUUUUCAGGCACCCCGCUUGGUCAUGGCUGAACACUCGACCUCCAGACAUCCCGUGCCGCCCAUUGAGUCGGAGCUUUAUUUCCUCAUCGCUCGGUACCUGUCGGCCGGUCCUUGCCGGAGAGCAGCCCAGGUGCUGGUGCAGGAACUGGAACAGUACCAGUUGUUGCCGAAGAGAUUGGAUUGGGAAGGCAAUGAACAUGACUGGAAAUAUGAGGACUUGGUCUUGUCAAAUAAACAUGUGGCACCUGAUCAUCUGUUGCAAAUCUGUCAGCGUAUUGGCCCUAUACUGGAUAAAGAAAUUCCACCCUGUAUUUCCAGAGUUACAUCUUUACUUGGUGCAGGAAGGCAGUCUUUGCUACGUACUGCAAAAGAUUGCCGGGCUACAGUUUGGAAGGGCUCUGCUUUUGCUGCUCUUCAUAGAGGAAGACCACCUGAAAUGCCUGUAAAUUAUGGUUCCCCACCAAACCUUGUGGAGAUAAAUCGUGGAAGACAACUUACAGGAUGUGCCUCAUUUAACACAGCAUUUCCAGGAAGUAUGUAUCAACAUAUAAAAAUGCACAGGAGGAUUCUGGGACAUCUCUCUGCUGUUUACUGUGUUGCAUUUGAUAGGACAGGGCACAGAAUCUUUACUGGUUCAGACGAUUGUUUGGUAAAGAUAUGGUCCACACAUAAUGGCCGAUUGUUGGCCACAUUAAGAGGCCAUUCUGCAGAAAUUUCUGACAUGGCUGUGAACUAUGAAAAUACUAUGAUUGCUGCAGGAAGUUGUGAUAAAAUAAUUAGAGUAUGGUGCUUGAGAACUUGUGCCCCAGUUGCUGUGCUUCAAGGACACACUGGCUCAAUUACGUCUUUGCAGUUUAGUCCAAAGGCUAAUGGUUCUGAGAGAUACAUGGUGUCUACCGGUGCAGAUGGGACAGUUUGCUUUUGGCAGUGGGACUUAAAUUCCAUGAAAUUCAGUAAUCGUCCUUUGAAAUUCACUGAAAAGCCUAGACCAGGGGUUCAAAUGCUUUGUUCGUCUUUUAGUGUUGGUGGCAUGUUCUUAGCAACAGGUAGUACUGAUCAUGUAAUCAGAAUGUAUUUUUUGGGCUUUGAAAUGCCUGAAAAAAUAGCAGAGCUUGAAAGUCACACUGACAAAGUCGAUAGUAUCCAGUUUUCUAACAAUGGUGAUCGAUUCUUAAGUGGUAGCAGAGAUGGAACAGCAAGAAUUUGGAAAUUUGAGCAGCCAGAAUGGAAAAGUAUUUUACUGGAUAUGGCAACGAGAUUGUCAUGUGACUCAUGUUCAGAAGAAGAGAAAUUUAUGAAACCCAAAGUAACAAUGAUUGCUUGGAACCGAAAUGAUACCCUUGUUGUCACUGCCGUAAACGACCAUGUACUCAAAGUAUGGAAUUCUCAUACUGGACAGCUACUUCAUAACUUGGUGGGACAUACAGAUGAAGUAUUUGUUUUGGAGACACAUCCCUUUGAUUCCAGGAUUAUGCUAUCUGCAGGUCAUGAUGGAAAUAUAUUUAUAUGGGAUAUUACAAAAGGCAUCAAGACAAAGCAUUACUUCAAUAUGAUUGAAGGACAAGGACAUGGAGCUGUAUUUGACUGUAAAUUUUCAUCAGAUGGACAGCAUUUUGCUUGUACAGAUUCACACGGACAUCUGCUUAUAUUUGGAUUUGGAUGCAGUAAACCUUAUGAGAAGAUUCCUGAUCAGAUGUUCUUUCAUACUGACUACCGGCCACUGAUUCGAGAUUCAAAUAAUUUUGUCUUGGAUGAACAGACCCAACAGGCUCCUCAUCUUAUGCCUCCUCCAUUUUUGGUGGAUGUAGAUGGUAAUCCUCACCCAACUAAAUAUCAAAGAUUAGUACCAGGUCGAGAGAAUUCUGCAGAUGAACAUUUGGUUCCUCAGCUUGGAUAUGUGGCAACAAGUGAUGGAGAAGUCAUUGAACAGAUAAUAAGCCAACAGACCAAUGAUCUGGAUGAACAAAACCCAGAAGCCAGAGUUAUUCUUGAUGGAAUGAUAAGACAGUUACAGCAACAGCAAGAUCAGAGACUAGGAGCAAAUCAAGAUGCUUUUCGAAAUGAUUUUCCAGAUGGGGAAGAAACACCAAGAAGAGGUUUUAGAAGACUAAGUUUAGAUGUUCAGUCUCCUCCAAAUAUUGGUUUGCGUCGUAGUGGGCAAGUUGAAGGUGUUCGUCAGAUGCAUCAGAAUGCUCCACGUAGUCAGAUUGCCACAGAACGUGAUCUGCAAGCUUGGAAACGAAGAGUGGUUGUACCAGAAGUGCCAUUGAGUAUAUUUCGAAAGCUGGAAGAUUAUAGAAUUGGAAAAGGCGAGGAGGAAAAAAAUCUUUAUGUAACAGAAAGAAAAAAGAAACCUCUUCAGCAAACUCAAAAGAUGGUACCAGUGGCCCGGUCAAGACAGAGAAUUUUAAAAUCUAAAUAUUCAGAUUAUGAAAAUAAUUUUGAGUCAUCAUCUGAGGAAGAAAAUGAAUCUCUUAGCCUCAUAAGACAGGACACUUCAACUCCAGAUCAAAGUGAUGAUUCUGGCAGUUCUGAAGAAGAAGAAGAAUGGAAAAGUGAAGAAAAGAGUGAAAGUGACAGUGACGAUUCCAGUGAUUCUUCAGCCAGAUAUUCUGAUUGGAGGGCUGAUGUUGGCAUUAAUCUUCAACCUCCUUUAAGAACCUCAUCUCGUCGUAGAACUCUACGGUAUCGCAGUAGCUCAGAAGAUGAAGUAUCUGUUGAGAAUUUGUCUACUCCAAAGAGAAGGCAAAAGAGAAGGGAAAGAUGUAAACCUAAGAAGUCGAAUUUGCAGAGGAUGACUCCAGCUGAGCUUGAAAAUAUAGAACUUUUAUAUGAAUUUCAUCCUCCAGUUUGGAUAACAGAUACUACACUUCGAAAAUCUCCAUUUGUUCCUCAAAUGGGUGAUGAGGUAAUAUAUUUUCGACAAGGUCAUGAAGCUUAUGUUGAGGCAGUUAGGAGAAAUAAUAUUUAUGAGCUGAACCCCAACAAGGAGCCAUGGAAGAAGAUGGAUCUUAGAGAUCAAGAAUUGGUAAAAAUAGUUGGAAUGCGUUAUGAGGUUGGUCCCCCUACACUCUGUUGCCUUAAGCUCGCUUUCAUAGAUCCAGCCACUGGAAAGCUUCUGGACAAGUCCUUCUCUCUUAAAUAUCAUGAUAUGCCAGAUGUUAUUGACUUUCUUGUACUACGUCAGUUUUAUGAUGAAGCACGACAGAGGAACUGGCAAGCUCGUGACAGAUUUCGAUCUAUAAUUGAUGACGCUUGGUGGUUUGGAACAGUGCUAAGUCAAGAGCCCUUUCAACCACAAUAUCCAGAUAGUCAUUUCCAGUGUUACAAUGUUAAGUGGGACAAUACUGAAAUAGAAAAGCUUAGUCCAUGGGAUAUGGAGCCAAUUCCUGAUAAUGUUGAUCCGCCUGAAGAAUUGGGAGCUAGUAUUUCAGUGACUUCAGAUGAACUAGAGAAGUUGUUAUACAAACCCCAGAAUGGUGAAUGGGGUAAAAAAUCCCGGGAUGAAGAAUGUGAAAGAAUAAUUAAUGGCAUUGAUCAGCUUUUGAAUCUUGAGAUGCAAUCAGCUUUUGCAGGUCCAGUUGACCUGUCUACUUACCCAAAGUACUGUUCGGUGGUAGCCUAUCCAACAGAUCUUUAUACAUUCGGAUGAGAACUUGUCCAUCGAUUUUACAGGAGGAUUUCUGCUCUAGUCUGGGAAGUAAGAUAUAUAGAAUAUAAUGCCAGAACCUUUAAUGAACCUGGGAGUGCUAUUGCAAGAUCAGCUAAGAAGAUCACUGAUCAACUUUUAAAGUUCAUUAACAAUCAAGACUGUACAAAUAUUUCUGAAUUUUGUAAUAUUACUGAAGAUGAUGAAGGCUGCAUAGAUGCUGAUGAUUUGGAUGAGCAUGAACUUCCUAAAACUUCUUCUGGAAGAAUAAAAGGGCAUCGUUGGAAGAAAAGGAACAGUAAUAAAACUAAAUAUGAUAAAAAUAACUGGCAGAAGCAAUGUAAAGAACUAGUGAACUUAAUUUUCCAAUGUGAAGAUUCUGAGCCAUUUAGGCACCCUGUUGAUUUGGUUGAGUAUCCAGACUAUAGAGAUAUUAUAGACACUCCAAUGGACUUUGGAACAGUGAGGGAAACUUUGGAAGCAGGAAAUUAUGACAACCCCCUGGAAUUUUGCAAAGAUAUUCGAUUAAUAUUUAGUAAUGCUAAAGCAUAUACACCAAACAAAAGGUCAAAGAUUUACAGUAUGACUCUUAGAUUAUCGGCACUAUUUGAGGAAAAAUAAGAAAAAUUUCCUCUAUUUAAAAUUGGGCAAAAAUACAAUGAAAAAUUACGAAGAAGCCAAAGGUGUAAGAGAAGGCAAGGUUCUACACGUGGCUAUCAGUCCAACAAAUUCAGACAUGUGAAAUGGAAACAAUUGAAAUCCCAGGCAAAAUUCAUAACUGACUUGGAAGGUUCUCCUACUCAAUCUACCUCAAAUAGUGCCGCUUGGUCUUCAAGCCAGAAGACUACAGUUAGCUUCUCUGCCAAUAUUACUUCUGGUGAUUCAUCAGAUUCUGCAGCAUCAUGAAAAAUUGGAAGGACUAGACCCAUAACUCUAGCAAACUCUCCAAUAUUAACUGCUUCCAGUAGUUCAGAGGAAAGUAGAGAGAACUCUGAAUCUCCUGAACCCUUAUCACGUAAUGGAAUCUCCAGAGGCAAAAGCAGAAACUUCAUUGUGACUAGAAACAGAAUUUCUCAAAGAAAAAAUGGUUCUGUCUUUUUAGAAAAUGGUUGUGGUAGAAAAGCUAUACGCAAAAGAGUCUACGUGAGUGAUUCUGAUAAUUCAGUACAAACUAAUGAGACAAUCAAAGACAAAGCUGGAAGUAACCGAAAAAUCCCACGCAAGUGUGCUGCUGUGGCUGCUAAUAAGAUUAAGCUAAUGAGUGAUGUAGAAGAAGAUUUCAGCUCAGGAAGUAUUUGCUCUACAAGCAAAACCAGCAGGAAACUGCCUCACCGAAAUGCCUCUGCUGCAGCUAAAAAAAAGUUAUUAUAUAACUCUGAGGAUGAUCAAAGUUUAAAGACAGGAAGUGAAAAAGAACAAAAAAAACAAAAUCAGCCAACACCAGAGGUGUCUUCUGGUGCUGCUAGGAAAAGUGUCAGUGAAUCUGAAAGUGAAAGUUCUGAGUCUGAAAGUAAUUCAACGGUGUCACAAAAGAAUUGGCAUGCUAAUGGUUAUAAAACCCGUACUAGAACGGGUUUUACAACAAAAUUUCCCUUAAUAGAAUCUUCCUCAGAAGAUUCAGAAAGCUAUAAUUCAGAGAAUGGCAGUAAAAAAGCUUGUCCAUCAACUUCUGCUGAGAAAUCUAAGGCCAAAAAAAAUUCUAAGGAGGAUGCAGAUUCUGAGCCAAGUGAAAGGAGUGGUAGAAAAUGCAAGAAAACUUGUUGGAAGGGUGCUACUCUAUUUAGGAAAGCAAAAGUCCUAAGUGAUUCAGAGGAGUCUGAUGAAGAUGAAAAGAGUGAAAAAGAAGCUGGAAGACAUUGUGAGAUGGUGAAAACAUCUUUGAAUUCAGGGGGUUUGAAGCGUGAUCCUCUCGCUGUUUCCAAGUAUUAUUUGAAACAUGAAUCUGAAACAGAUUUGGAUUCUGACCAUAGUUAUGAUGACAAUACAGAAACAAAUAAAAGAACAACAGAUGUUAUGAAAGAUUCUGUAUCCAAAGAAAAUGGACACAAUGGAAAAGCUUCUAAGAAAACGAUAUGCUCCAGUGACUCAGACAGCAAUUCAGAAGUAGUUAAAUCACUAAAAGGCAAAAUCGGUUUCCGAAGGAUCCCACGGAGAAGUGCUACAAUGGCUGCCAAUAAAAUAAGGUUAAUGAGUGAUGAUGAAGAUUUUAGUUCAGAAACUGUGUGCACUAGAAGCAAUGGAUACAGGAAAAGGAACCUUAAUUGUGCUUCUACUAAACCUAAGAAUGCAUUGUAUGGUUCUGAGGGAAAUACAGGUUCAAAGAGUAAAAUAGUGUUAAAUGAACAAAGUACCUCUGAAGAUCAACUACUUGAUACUGGUUCUGAUAGUAGUAGGAAAACUGUUAGUGAAUCUAUAAAUGGAGACUUAGACUCGGAAAGUAAUCAGAAAUGGCAUACUAAUUGUCUCAAAUCUACUAGUGCUGCAUCUCAUACAAAAAAAAAAUCCCUGAUUGAGUCCUCAAAUGAAGAUUCAAAAAGCCAUAAUCCAGAAGAUAAUAAUAGGAGGAAAGUUCCUUACCGGUCAACUUUGGUGCAGAGGUCUGCUUCAGAAAAUAGUGUUGAAGAGGAAAUGAGUUCUGGGGUAGGAAAAUGGACAGGUAGAAGAACCAGAAGGAAAACACGUCAAAAGGUUCCUUUCAGAAAGGCAGAGGUUCAUCAUGAUUUGCAAGACACAACAGAGUCUGAAAAGGGGAGGAAGAGACAAUGUUCUGAAUCAAAAAUUUUGGAAGGUUCUGAAAUAGCAGCUAGUUCAAAGACUAAUCCCAAAUGUGAUUCAAAUCUGGAAACAGAAACUGAUUCAGAUACUGCCUAUAGUGAUAACAUAAAAACAAAAAAGAGAAAAAGGAAUAGAAAGGCAAAUGUUAGAAGAGGUGGUAACAAUUUUAAAGGUAACAUAUCUAAACCAGUGAGAUUUCCAAGAAAAAGCAAACGACCAAGGUUAAGGUUAGAUGAUAAUGACUGGGAGGAUUUGGACUACGCAAAAACUCAAAAAGCUCCACGACGUUCAAAAAUAAGAACAAGAAAUCAGGGUAGAAGAACUGUAAGAUAUAAUUAUGGGGAUGAUGAUAGAGUUUUAGAUAUAGAAAGUGUUUUUGAUACGGAUGAUUGCACCUUAUGACCUUGAGGGAAAACCAGUUCAUUUUUUUAGAGGAAUUGAACUGGAAUUCGUGGUGAAUAUUGGCUGAUCCAGUGAUUUUUUUUUUUGUUCUAUAAUUCAGGGAAUAUAUUUAUAUUUUUCUAUGAAAAAGUUAUGAAUGUGACUAAAUCAUGACUGUCCUUUUCCUUAUUUUUUCCUUGACCUUGCUUAGGUAGCAGCAUUUAGCACAGGUGCCAAAAUAAGCUUCAUUUUGGGGCAGCUCUCAAUUUUGACUGUAUGUGACUACAUAGCAAGAGUUUAAAUUCUGUUUUAUUUCUAUAAACACUAGAAAACUGGUUAGUAUUAAAUGGUUGAUCAUUAUUUUCACAGUAGCAAGUUAAUACUUUUCAUGGUUACUACUUUAUUAAAUGCUUAAGUUGUCAUAGAUUCUAUUCUUUGUGUAAUAUUGUCACAAUUUCAUGUGAAGGUUUACAAAUAGCUUAUAACAAAAGCAUCCUAACAUUAAGAUCAUGGGAAGAGGAACUACUUACUAGGUAGACAGAUACUUACCAUUUUGUUUUGGUUCCCAUUAGAAACUUUUAUUGCCACCUUAGUUCAAUACAAAAUAUCAGCUCCGUUCAUUUUAGUUGCUUCCAUUUGCCUUUUUAAAUGGUGUUGGGAUUUGCGUGUGCAUGUGUGUGUGUGUGUGUGUGUGUGUGUGUGUGUAUACAUAUACAUACACAUUCUCAUUUUUAUGCUGUAAACUUGAACCUAGAAACUACUGGUAUAUUGUUUUAUCCAGUCUUUUUUGUUUAAAUGUUGAACGUGUUUCUUUAAAAAAAAAAAUUCUAAAUAAGGUCAGAGCCAUAGCCUUUAUUUUGUCAUUUUCUUUAACAUCUGCACUAAUGUAUAAAUGCUGUAAAGCUUGCUUUUUAGCUACCAGAAAUCUUUUCCUUUUUUUUAACAUUGAUGUAUUUAACCAAAGUGAAUUAGUAUCCUUAAUUACUUCAUCCUCUGAAAUGAAAGAAUGUGCCUUUGGUUUAAGAAAAUCGUAUUCUUAACUAGUUGUCCUUGUUAUUUCAAUCUGGUUGAAAGAAACAUUUUAUCCCACUUUAUUACUUAGGUGGGUUUGCUAUCAGUAUUGAAAUUAUAAUUUUGGUUUUGUGAAACUUCAUCCAGGGAAAUGAGGCAAAUAUCUUUGUUGUUUGGAUUGAUUUGCCAUAUCACUUUGCAUUCCCACAUACCCUGGCCUACUAUAGUAACCAUCCCAAUAUUAAUGGCACUGGUCGUAAUGUGUAGAUUUGCAAUUUCUGAGAAAACAUAGUAAAUGUUAGUGUAAUGAUUUUUGAAACCAUUAAGAUAAACUUGAAACCUAAACAUUUUGUAUUUUGUAGUAAUUUGUUUUUCUUUGCUAGGUCAACUUAUCCCUGUCAGUAUAUGUAACCUCAUUGAGCUUUCAUGUGCCUGAAGUAGUACUUCCAAUAUAUUUUAUGUAUUUUACUAAGGACAGUUAUAUCCCCUGCACCUCUCCCCCACCAUGACUGGCUUUAAAUUUGGAUUUGGUAUCAAAUAGAAAAUCUAUUUCUCUCUUAAUUUCCCUGAAAUCAUAGCUAUUAAAAACUGUGGACAACUUUUUCUGUUUUGGGGUUUAGAGAAUCCUUUCUGAAAUCCUCAUAAAUAUUUCCCAGAAAUUUGUACUGUCAACCCUCAUCCUUUUCUCUACGAACAGGAUAGGAUUGUUCUAGACAGCCUUGACACAACCUAGAAUAAAUAUUCCUAUUAUCAUCAGGGGAAUUUUAAUUUCAGAUAAAACUUAACAUUUUUUCCCUCAGUGUUAUAAAACAUGAAUAAAUGUAUACUGUGUUAGUGCAGUGUUCUGCCCCAGGUGGUUUGGGGUGUUGAGGGAGAUUGCUUUGUAGGGCACUAAAUUUUAAAAAAAUAGAAUAUUCCUUGAACAUCCCAUAAGUUACUGUAAUAAAUUGUUAUGAAUCUAGUCCAUGAAUUAACCUAAACUCUUCAUCAGCUUAUUUGUUUAUACAUUUACCACUGUUUUCUGUGUAAACUUUCAAAAAUCAAAAAAAGUGCAUAUAAAUGUGGAAUAUUUAGAUGGGCUUAGGUUCUGUUAUAAAGAAAAAUUUUCUUAUUUGCAUGUAUACACAGAAUGAGUUUUCCCCAUUUGGGCUGAAUUAUCCAGUUGAUCAGUCCAGUUGAAGUGGUUAAGCCAAUUGUUAGUAAAUACAGCUUUCAUAUUUUAAUGAGGAUAUAAUAAGAAAAACCAAGCACAGCAUCAUUUCACUUUAUGACUGUAAAGAUGUACUUGGAAAAAGGUAAAUUAUAAAAAUAAAUAAAAUAAGAACUUGGUGCUAUAAAGGAAUUGUGUAGUUAUAGGUUGUUUUAAUCUUGGGUACUGUUCUCAACAUUUAGUUUUGAGAAAGAUAUACACAUGCCUCUAUUUAAGAAGGUAAUAAAGGAAAUACUUAUGUUGACUUACAGCAUGUGAACUUCAUAUUUUUUUGUAUUCAGUUUUUUACAUAAAGGAAUGUGAGAUCAUUCCAAUGCAAAAAGUGCUAUAGUUAUUCAUUAUAGUAUAAAUAUAAUUAAUGUUUACUACAAGUGAAUUUAAGUUCUAUAAUUUUAUUAAGGUAUAACAAAAUGAUUGACAUUUUAUUUCUCUUUCCUUUAGAAGAAGGAAGAUAGCUUAACCAGGUUUGAUAUUAAUGGUUUGAAACAUUUUAGAAACUGGUUAGACAUGUCUCUAAAUCUUGUACUGUUAAUAUGCCAAAUUUAUUUAAAUUAUGGGGUUUUUGCUUACUUAACGGCAACAGUGUAGCUUUUAACUUAUUCCUUUCUUGAGAGAGUUCCUACAUCCUUCUUUUAAUUAAAGAAAACCUAGCUUUACAGACUUAUAGAACAUCAUAAAGAAGUCAAGCUCUUUGUUGGUGUUUUCCACAUUGUUUUUCUUAUGUGUUUUGGUAUGCUUUUAUGUGAAGGCAUGAGGAACCCACUUGGUUAUCUCUCAUCCUAAAAAGAAACAUUUUCACAAAACACAUCUCAUAUUCCCUGUAGAUCACAAUUCACAGUCUCUGAAUUAGAAUACCAUUGUGUUCUUAUUGCACACAAGACAAAAUCUAAAACAAGGCUGAAUUUUAAAAUCCAAAAUAGAAUUUUUAGCAAAAAAGCUGUAGAUGGAAGGAAACUUAGAAAUGAUGAAAUAAGAGGAUCUUAUGUCAAAAACACAAAAUCCCUAGGGUUUUAUAUCUUUUAGGGGGAUAUUACCAAAAAACAGAAAUAGAGCUAUUGGUAAACCACCUUUUUAGAACAAAGAUCUCCAAACCUUUUGAUUGAACACCUACCUCAUCAGUAAAAAAAAAAAUGUUUUGGCACAUCUUCCCAAUAUGUGUAUAUUUACUUAUUUAUAAAUCAUAGCAUUCUGUUGUGCUAAUCAUUAUAAACAUUGUAAUAUUUAUACAAAAAUAGCAACUUUAGAAGGAUGAGAUGAUGGAAUAACAUUUAAUCUUAGAAUUAGUAGAGUUUCUGAGUAGGACACGAAAAUGGUCAAACAUGCACUUUAGAAAAAUCGCUUUGGCUUUUGUAUGGAGGAUAGAUUAAAAAGCAAAGAUACUAGGAACAGAGAGACCAGUGUUAAUAUAUUCUAGGCAAGAUAUAAUGAGCAACUGAACCAUAUGGUGGCAGUUGUAUAAAUAUUGAUAGAUGCAAGAGAUGUAGAGGUAGAAACAAGAUUUGGCAACUGAUUGACUUAUGUGGGGUGAGGAACUGAAGACAGCAAUGAAAUGAGCCUGGAUGCCUGAUAGGGUGGUGGUAUAUUCAACAUUAAUAGGAAAAUUUAGAAGAAAGAUAUAUUUGGAAAGGAAAGAUAAUGUAAUGAGAUGUGAAAUGUAGACCAUAACUUUCUUAUCCUCCUACAUGACUAACUGUCCUACCCAAAACAGAAAGAGGGCCAGCAAGGCUUUUCCUAUCCAGGAGCACAGAGCCCAACAUUCAAGGGGUUGCAAUAAUAGAUUCAAAAUGGUCUCAAGGGAAAUCUGAUCAAGAAUUUUCCCAGUGGUACCUACGUAGUUACUGCUGUUGGUAUCCCCAUAUCGGUUAGGUUCUAAGUACUCUGAGGAACUAACACUUGCUUUAGGUACAGAAGAGGUGGAAAUCUUGCACAGGGAGGAGGUUGGGUAGAGUAGGAGAGUGAUGAGUAUAGGGAUAGGUGUGGUUGUGGAGAAAGUGGCAAGGAGUAUAAGUUGUAAUUCAUCUUUCCAUCCUCUUAAUUGGUCAAUUGCAGGCCUCUCAAGGUAAAUGACAGCUCCCACUUUAAAGACUACUGCUUUGGAAGACUUAUCAAUAAUCUGAGUUACAUAUAAAUUCACAUCUAUUGGGGAUAAGAGAAAUGUGUCAACACUCCAAAAUAGAGAUUCCAUUUUGUUAGGUUAUUCUUGAGUAUAUCAGGGCACUUUUUCAGUGUGUAUUAUAGAUUACUUUGCAAAUUUAACUUGGAGAAUGGAAGUAACAGUACAGUAAUAGCCAUAGUGGGAGGAGAAUGGCUCUGCAUCUGUAUACAUGUUAAUGUAUGUGCAUGAAUAUUAUAGAGCUGAAAGAGACCUUAGAGGUUUGGGCUAAAUUCUCAAUUUUUAAACACUUUUAUUCUUGUCUCAUGAGACAGGUAUUUGCUUUUUAUUAGUUUUAGAACUCAGUGAACUAAAUUUUUUUGGUAGUUAUGUAUAUGUGUGCAUAUAACAUCUUAUAAAAAUGUGUGGAGGGUGAUGGCUGGUAGGGGUAAAAGGGUUGUGUUUCUAUAAGUUCACAAGUUUAUUAUGGACUAAAAAGGUUUGGGGGAACUCUUUUGUUUGUUUGUUUUGGUUUGGUUUUGUCUUUUGGUGAGGCAGUUGGGGUUAAGUGACUUGCCCAGGGUCACACAGCUAGUGUUAAGUGUCUGAGGUCAGAUUUGAACUCGGGUCCUCCUGAAUCUAAGACCAGUGCUCUUUCCACUGUGACACCUAGCUGCCCCGGGGGAACUCUUUAAAAGUCCAGAAGAGUCAUUAACCUCCAAAAACUGGUUUGUAAGUCAUUGAAACUUUACUACAAACAUGGCUAAUGAUAUCAGUCAUAACCUGAUAAAUUCUCCUCUCCUAAGGGAAAAAUAAUCUUAUAUUUACAUAUUCUCCUUUCUGUGUUUACACUAAGAAAAGUUUGAUCUAAGUUGAAGGGGUGAUAAGUUAAAAGAUAAAUUUCAAAUGUUUGAGUAGUAACUGAAAGUCUUCUGUUCAUAGAAGGGAAACAAUUUCAGAGUUGGAAGGAACCUGUUUGUCUACACCUGAGUAAAAAUAUCCAUAACAUAAUCUAACCACCUAAGUGAGUAAACCCUUAAUGAGGGGAAAUCCAGUACCCCUCAAGGUAACUUUUCUUUUUGGCUAUCUCCAAUUGUUAGGACAAAUUUCUUCAUAUUAAGCUUAAAAUUGACCCCUUUGUCACUUCUACCCUUUGCCAGACAGAACAAUUUUUAUCCCUUUUUACAAAUGAUAGCUCUUCAAAUACUUGAACACAGUUAUGUCCUCACUGAAGUUUCUAUUCUUCAGUAUACCCUCAGUUCCUUAAAAUAAUUCACAUGUGAUAUCUUAAGGAAUUUGAUAUACAUCUGGAUAUGCUUCCUAAAAUGUGGGGCCAAAAACUGAAUACAGUUAUGUCCUGACCAGGGCAGACUAGAGUAAAACUUGUCAUUUCCCUAGCCUAGACCAGUCAUUUAAGGUCACAUUAGUAUUUGAGGCUGCCAUAUCAUAUUGUUAAUUUAAUCAUAGAAUGUAUUAAAACCCCAGAUCCUCCUAACAAACUGCCAUCUAUAUUCAUGCAUAACCAAGACUUCCUUUUGAAGCAACUUCUUAAAAACCAAAGUAUUAAGCUUAAAGUAUUGAGAAAUGUAAGCAUUUAUCCCUAAUAUCUUAUUAUCAACCCAACAUUUAACUUGGGAUCUUUUUGACUUUUCAUUGCCAUUCAAAACUUUGCAUCAUCUGCAGACUUGGUAAAUAUAUGUGUAUUUAUAUGUAUGCAUAUGAAUACUGUUUGGAUUAUGCUAUUCAACCAGUGCCAAAUCUUUAUAACUAUUUAGCCCAUAUUCCUCUUAGCCAUGAUAACAUGAAAGCCUGUCGGAUGCUUUUGCUGAUAUUUGGGUAAACUGUAUCUACAGCAUUCCCCUGAUAAACUGGUAUGUUUAGUAUUAUUGUUUUGUUUGUUAAUGGGUUCUGGAAUAACCUGUUCUUCAUAACCAUGCUCCUUUGUGGUCAUUAUUUCUGUUUCUAUUAAGCUUCCAGUUAAUUGUGUGUUACAGAAUUUUACAAGAAAUCCAAAUCAAGCUCACUGUCAGGUUCUAUCCCUUUAAAAACAUUUGAACAUGUACCCUUUUCCAGACCUUUGCUACCUCUCCAAUUGAUUAUGAUCUUUUUGAGGUCAUGUUUUAGCCAUUCUAUCUGCCAGUUCUUUUAGUACUCAGAAGUGUAAAGAUAAAUUGAAAAGCCAUAAAAAGAACUUCCAAAGGGGUAGUCAUAAGAAAUUCGGGUCCAAGAUGGAUUAAUAAAUGAAUUCUAGGAAACCAAAAGCAAUUCCAGUAUUAUACAAACUGUUUGCAAAAAGUAACACAAGAAAAGGGAUUCUGCUAUAUUCUUAUGUCACAAAUAUGGUCUUGAUAUAUAAAACAAGGAGAAUUGGAAAAAAUUAGAUGAGCAGUGUGCUUAUCAGAAAAGAUUGUUAAGUUUUCAGUGUGAGCAUGUAUACCUUGUUUUUCAGUUCUGUCUGAUGAUUCUUCAUGACCCUUUUGGGGUUUUCUUGGCAAAGAUACUGGAGUGGUUUGCCAUUUCCUUCU